GAGGUGGCGUCCGAGGGCGGCCGUGGCGUCGGCGCGGAGGCAGAGGCUGAGCGCGCCGCCAGGGAGAGUGCGGAGGAGAAGAACGAGGUGCUGGCGCAGAAGGUGCAGAAGCUGCAACGCGUCUACGCCGCACAACAGGUACUGAUCCAACGGCUACGAGAGGAUCUCACGAAGGAACAGAGCAACCUCGAGCAGAAAGAGCUGCAACUUGAGGCCGAGCUUCGUCGCAGACACCACCUCAAGGGUGUGAUGCGGCAGUGCUCCGACGACAUGAUCGCGGCGGCGAUGGGUCUGACAGCGAGGAAGCCUGAUCCACGACGGCGUGCCGACGCUCCUCCAGGAUCUUUGUCCGCGGAGGGUAGCCCUGUGAGUGACCGCAGACAGCUCAGCGAGUCAUUGUCUUCUCCGCUCCCGGUUGUGGCGCAGCUGCCUCCCAUCGAGGCCAAGAGAGGAGCGAUGUGAGUUUGCGGUGUUUCUCGCGCGGACGGUUUUCCACCUGGACCCCGUGCGUUUUUCUUUAGAGAGUCGUGUAAGUUAUGCAGGUGCUUGCGGCAAUUCCCGCCACCAUGCCAGCGCAGCAUCGGCACGCAUUCAGGAUAGGAGCCUCUCCCGCAUUUCUUUUCUGCGCCAGCGGAGGUGGAUAGUGAGUAGUGCGUCGGGAGUAGGGAGUAGGGACUAGGGACUAGUGAGUAGUGAGUAGUGAGUGAGUAGUGAAAAGUGCGUAGGGAGUUGCGAGCAGCGGUGCGGUGGCGGAUUUGCUGAGGCGGCGUUGCCCC